AUGUUUGCAGUGUAUGAUCGACCACCCCCCUUGUCCCUCACUAUCCUCUACCGCCUUGUAGACGUUGUGGUACUUGGACACGUAGGUACAUUUGCUACAUUAAUCCCACCCCCUCCCCACUCCAGCCAAGGCCCCAGUCCAGUCAAGGCCCCAGUCCAGCCAAGGCCCCAGUCCAGUCAAGGCCCCGGUCCAGUCAAGGCCCCAGUCCAGUCAAGGCCCCAGUCCAGUCAAGGCCCUGGUCAAGUCAAGGCCCCAGUCCAGUCAAGGCCCCAGUCCAGCCAAGACCCCAGUCCAGUCAAGGCCCCAGUCCAGCCAAGGCCCCGGUCCAGUCAAGGCCCCAGUCCAGUCAAGGCCCCAGUCCAGUCAAGGCCCUGGUCAAGUCAAGGCCCCGAUCCAGUCAAGGCCCAAGUCCAUUCAAGGCCCCAGUCCAGUCAAGGCCCCAGUCCAGUCAAGGCCCCAGUCCAGUCCAGGCCCCAGUCCAGUCCCCAGUCCAGUCUAGUCAAGGCCCCCGUCCAGUCAAGACCCCAGUCCAGUCAAGGCCUCAGUCCAGUCAAGGCCCCAGUCCGGUCAAGGCCUCAGUCUAGUCAAGGCCCCAGUCCAGUCCAGUCAAGGCCCCACUCCAGUCAGGGCCCCACUGUUGAGUUCCAUCAUGAGGUCACCCUCAUACAUUAG